CUGACCAGUGACAGUGAACGGAUUAGGCUGAAGCGGAUACAUUCCUCUGCAGUUCACAACUGAAGACCAGUUUGCAUGAUGGAUUGUUCAGAGGAGGUUCACUCUGGGUCUGAGGAGCCCAGCCCACAAAUGGAGCUAAAAAAAGGCAUGUCAAUCUUCAUUGAUAUUUUACGGCGAGCCGAUAAAAAUGAUGAUGGAAAGCUGUCCUUUGAUGAAUUCAAAGCUUACUUCUCUGAUGGAGUCCUGACAGCUGAGGAACUGAAGGAGCUCUUCCACACAAUUGAUACUCAUAACACAGAUAACGUGGACACUGAUGAACUCUGUGAGUAUUUCUCCCAGCACUUUGGAGAAUAUGAGAAUGUUCUUGCUGCCUUAGAAGACCUGAACAUAUCCAUACUGAAAGCGAUGGACAAAACAAAGAAGGAUUAUCAGGAGUCCACCCACUUGGAGCAGUUUGUAAAUCAGCUGCAUUCACUACAAAGCUCACUUGAGUGUGCCAUGGAAACCACAGCGGAGCAGACUCGCCAGGAAAAACAAGGUCCCUUGAAACCAGAGGUUUUGCCCAUCCAGUGGUCGGGCCGUCGCUCCAAUCGGAGGCUUCAGAGGAACAGCAGCCUCUCUCCCAACAACACCCUCCUCAGUCUCGUCAAUUCAGGUGUUUAUGAUGAAGACAACCAGUGGAUGAUCCAGGUCAACAGAUUACAGAAGCUUAUUGACCGCCUAGAACAAAAAGAGAUUCGUCUGGAGCCUGUUGAAGAGGAGGUCCUGGAGAGCAAAUCGCACAUCCUGAUAGUGCAGCGGCAGCUCUCAGUGCUGGAGGAAGAACUGGAGGAGUUUCGUUUGGCUCUCAGACAGUACAUGGAGUGUGCUUGCGCCCAGACUGGAUGUCUACACAUCGCAGUUCAGCGGCUGGCAAAUGAAUCACGCUUCAUUCUCUAUGAAUUCUGGGAGCACAACAGCGUGUGGAAGAAUCAUCUGCAGACAAACUACAGUAAAACCUUCCAGAGGGGUAACGUGGACUUUCUGGAAACUCCUGAGACCAUAACAACCAUGCUGGUCCCUGCCUCGUGGUGGGUCCUCAACAACAACUGAAAGCGUAUGAGCACCCUUGUUGAUGGUCACUGAAGGGUGCAAAAUCCAAACAGUCAACUGUCAACACAUCUGGAAGUCCACAGCAGCAAAUCCACACACGCACACACACACACACACACACACACACUAACUCAACACAGCUCGUGAAGUGCCGGUGAUUAGUAUUGAUUUUUUGACUUUCUAGUUUCUUCAUAGUUACAGUAGGUGGUAGCUGAAAUAGCUCGUGUGUAUUUGUUCACUCUUCUAGACAACACUCUGGCAUCCUAAAAGCAAUGACCUCAUGAGACAGAGACCAGUCUGGUGAUCUGACAUCAUCACUGUGUUUGACAUCAUCUGCAGCCGAGGGUAGAUUAUAAGAACUGAAGUGUGUGUGCGUGUGUGUGUGUGUGUGUGAGAGAGAGAGAUAGCCGGGGGGAAUAUAACUGUAUCAACUGUAGCAGCUCUGGGGAGCUCAUUAAACCACCAUUCUCUUGUUUCUCUAUUUAAUGUGCCAAAUUGAGAUAAAAAUUUGUUGGUCACUAAUAAAGGUGAUAUAUUGUUGUG